UACGAAAUUGUAACAAGAAUUUAAGCAAAAAUGUCAGACAAUAAUUUAAGUGACAGUGUUGAGCAAGAAAAUUUGAGUAAGAAACAAGUUAAUUGUCAUUUCUUGUCAAAGCUGCAGUUGGAUGAUCACAUAAAAGCAUAUUUGGAUAUGCAGCAUUUGGAGAGAGAAAACCAAAUUACACCAUGUGACAUUGAGAUGGUAGAAAAAGUGGUCACUAACUAUGUGAUUGCUAAACAGAUUUUAAGCAAUUUGUCCUGGCAGGAAAAGAUGCUGUAUCAACAUGUGUGUAGCACUUGGCAUUCUGCAAUAAAAGCACUAAAAAAAGAGCAGAUGAACCCAGCUGAUUUUAUGAUACACUUUAAUUAUUCAUCUGGUAAAGUUCAGUUUAAGUUAAAACAGUCUUCUAAUUUCCACAGUGAACCUUUAGUUGUAUUUAUAUUUAUGAAUAUAUUAGCUUCCUCGAAGUUCACUAAAUGUCAGAGUAUUACACCCUGCCCAUGCGUAACACCCUGUGAAAGAGAACAUCUUGCAGUAGAUGUCAUACAGAAAUUUAGCUGUGCACCAAAAGAUUGCAUGCUUGCAGCAAAAGCCCACUGUGUAUCCUAUAUGCCUUCGCCAACAGCAAAAACAAAAGAUGGCACUAUUACUAGACUCAGUUCCCACGCAUUUAUUGGAGGCCUUUACAUACCAGUUAUACCUAAUGUAAAGUUUCAUAAGAUCAAUUUAAAAACGAAUAGCACAAUGCAACAGGAGUUUUAUACUGCUAUUGAUAGUAUAGUGACUGAUCAAGUUAUAAAGGGAGUUAUUGUUUUUGUCACUGAUAAACACCUCUUGCAAUCUGUUGAGGAUAUUGUCUUCUUGAAUCAUAUCAAGGAUGUGCAACCGGAUAUACCUUAUGCACUAGGAGGUUGUAUUUGUGAAGACACCUUGUGCGAUUCAGAUGAUAUUUCUCAUAUAGUCAAUUCUACUAUACCAUCGGAGGCUGUGAGUGAUAAUCUCAUCUCUAUUGGGAUAUUUACUGUACCUAAAUCUCCUGGGAAGAACGAAUGCAAUUUCGACAUGUUCUCUGUAAUACUAGAGUCAUCUGAGUGGGAUAAAGCUAAGAUACAGGCUUCUAUUACACAGUUUUCAAAAUCUGUGCCGCAAUAUGAACACAGUGCAUGUCUAAGACUGUCUUGCAUUGGCAGAGAUCGGAGACAUAAAUUCGAGCAAGACUGCUUCCGAGCAGCAUUUCCCAAUACAUGUCUGACUGGAUGCUACGGGAAUGGGGAGUUAGGUGUUAACCAUCCGGAAAAACCUCCCCCAGAAUGGCCUAAAAAUGUUAAAAGAACCCGUUUGGAUUCCGGUCCUCAAUUUGGCAUAAUUUACUCGUACUCUACCGUCUUUGUUUAUAUGGGCUGGGGAAAAGUUACCUCAAAAGUUGCAAAAUAAGUUUUAAGUCUUUUUAUUUUAUGCUUUGUAAGACAAAGUAUUGAUAAGGUGUCGUUUUUAUUAAUUAUAAGAUAAAUGAUAUUAAGGUAUUAGUUAUAAUUUGUAAAUAAAUGCUUUUUAGGUCACGAACAUAAAAGUGAUAUUCUUCACAAGGGUUUUUUGUCUUAAGUACCUAUUUUAUUUUUAUACAUGCACCAAUGUUGGUAAAUUUACUUAUAGCAAAUAUUUUUGGUGUAAUAUUUAAAGAUUGAAACUUAAUUUAUUUCCAGUAAUCAUAAUUAUAUAUAAAUAUUACCUUCAUUUAGAACAAAGUAAUGGUGUUUUUUUAUUACACAAAGAUACAAAUCUUAUUUAAAGAUAAUUUAAACUGUAGACCUACACUAAGCAUGAUGAUGUUUUGUAUGGAAAAUUAAGGUGAUUAUGAUAAAGAAGCAGUUUUUAAAUUAUUGACACGAUCUCCAAUACUAUGUUUUAAUUAACUGGUAACAAAUAUAAUAAUAGAUAGAUUUUUUAAGAAAUUAGGGUUAUAAAUAAACGAAGUUUCGCAGGUAAUCAUUCAUAUACCUACCAUAAUUAUAAGCUCUAAAAUAGCCAUAUCUUAUUCCCAAUAGUUCAUAAAAUUUCACUUUUGUUUCUCUAGGAAAAAAAACAUGCACUAUUGUGAUUAGAUUAACAAAUUAUACAUCUACAAUUUUAUAUUUGAAACGGCAACGGCAUUUAUAGGUCUUCUCAUUCACUCAUACGCAUGAAACAGAUAACAUCUCGCUUACGUACACCAGACAGCCAUACCUGAAUAUGCCAUUCUGGAGCGUGUUCAGUGUUACUUUACUUUUAAAAAUGUCUUAGGUAACGUGUUUUAUUAUUGUAUAAUUGAAAACGUACACAUUCGAACUAAUUUGUAGCUCAGAAAUAAUAUUAAUUAAUUAUUCAUAUAUACUUAGCUUUGGAAUUAACUUAACUGUGUUGGUAAUUUAUGCAUAUGAGAUAUUGUAGGUCUUUUUUUAAGGUGACAUAUUUUUGUCAUCUUAGAUACCGUUAUACAAUAUUCGAUAUUUUCUAAGUUAACGAAGAAUUCGUUCUCGUUGAAGUAACAGUAAAAUUUUAAAUUUUACAUAUGUACUAUACAAGCAUUUUAAUAAUAAAUAAAAAUAGUGAUUUGCGGGUACGUUUGUAGUUUUGUACUCUUUUAUUUAUGUAAGUACGGAUUGAUGUACUCCAUUUUUAUAUGUACUUUUUAAGGAUCCAUUGGACGUAUAAUGUAAGAGUUUGUCUAUUAAAUACAAAUAUGUAAA